AUGACAACAACUGUGCCAAUCAUUUACUCAUUCAAAGAAUUGAAUGGGGUGGCGGAAGCCGUGUCUGACCAUAUAAUUGCUACCCAGAAUAGAACCCUUUUUGGAGACAUACGGAAAGAUAGUGGCGAUGUGCCAGCAACAAAUGAAUCAACGACCAAAGUUACCACAAAGAAGAAAAAAGAUACUCGUCCGAAGAGAUUCAAGAUAGCUCUAUCUGGAGGUUCCCUGAUUCAAGUUUUGAAUGAAGGAUUGCUAAAACGGGAAGACGUAUUAUGGGAUAAAUGGGAUGUUUACUUUGCGGAUGAAAGAUUAGUACCGUUUGACUCCCCGGAGUCGAAUUAUGGAUUAGCCAAAAGAAAGCUUUUUGAUCUUCUGCCAGAAGACAAGAAACCAACCAUUUACCACAUAGACGAAUCCCUGAUCAAUGAUCCACAAGAAUGUGCUGAUAGUUACGAAAAGACUCUCAUUAAAGGGUUUGCUAACAAAGACUCCGUGAAACUGCCCAUGUUUGACCUAUUAUUGUUGGGUUGUGCGCCCGACGGGCAUAUUGCUUCUCUAUUCCCUAAUCAUGGAGAAACUUUAAGAGAGAAAUACGCUUGGGUCGUUCCAGUUGAGAAUGCACCUGUGGGACCCAAAACCAGAAUCACGUUAACAAUUCCAGUCAUUUGUCAUUCACACCAGGUCACCUUUGUUGUUGAAGGUGCUGUAAAGGCUCCUGUGCUGAAGACCAUCAUGGAAAGACCCGAAAAGGGUCUACCAUCCAGUAUUGUGAACGAAGGCGCUGCAAGUAGAGUUGCUUGGUUUGUAGAUGAUGAGGCAUUGAAUGACGUUUCAGUUACGAAGAAAAAGUACAAGUUCUUGGUGGAAUGA